GUGUCGAACUCGUCGGGAACUCGGCGAGAUUCAGCUGGCCGUAACGAGGAGUGCCGGCAUCGUCAACUGUUGACGUCACAGACGAAUCUGUGGUUUGCUUGUGUUGGGUGAAGAUUUUUGUGUUGUGACGGUUGUGCCCUCGACCUGUGCUUCGGUCUGGUCUGCUGUGCGAGACGUGUGUGUACAAUGUUGAAGCUGCUGAAGUGUGCUGUAUCCUGAGGAGCAAUGUUUCGUUGUAUACCACUUUUUCGUGGUUGCAACCGACAGGUCGAAUAUAUCGACAAGAGACAUAGCAACCUAUUUACUAUCCCCGACGAUGUGUUACGAUACGCUAGGACAUUAGAAGAAUUGCUUUUGGAUGCCAACCAUAUUCGCGACCUUCCCCGAGGUCUUUUCCGGCUAACGAAGUUGCGUCGGUUAAGUGUGAACGAUAAUGAAAUAUCUCAUCUGCCGCCAGACAUCGCUAACUUGAUAAACCUGUUGGAUUUCGAUAUAAGCAAAAAUGAUGUACAGGAAAUUCCAGAGAACAUUAAGUACCUCAAGUCUCUGCAAAGCGCAGACUUCAGUAGUAAUCCCCUUUCAAAGCUCCCGGCUGGAUUUGUACAGUUGCGAAGCCUUACGGUCUUGGGUUUAAACGACGUCUCAUUAACGCAGCUGCCACAUGACUUUGGCAGUUUAUCCAACCUGGUAUCCUUGGAGCUUCGUGAGAAUCUUCUCAAGACCCUCCCGCUUUCCUUUGCAUUCCUCACCAAGCUUGAGCGGCUCGACCUCGGCAGCAAUGAGUUCGAGGAACUGCCCGUUGUCAUUGGGCAGUUAUCUAGCCUACAAGAGCUUUGGCUGGACUGCAAUGAACUGUCAACUCUGCCAAAGGAGAUUGGCCAGCUCAAGAACCUCAGCUGCCUGGACGUGUCCGAGAACCGACUUGAAGUUCUUCCAGACGAGAUCACGGAGCUGGACUCCCUCACGGAUCUCCAUCUCUCUCAAAACUACCUGGAGGCACUGCCAGAGGCCAUUGGGAAGCUCCACAAGCUUACCAUCUUCAAGGUGGACCAGAACCGCCUGCUGAGCCUGCCAGCAUCGAUUGGGAUGUGCGAGGCACUGCAGGAAUUGAUCCUGACAGAAAACCUGCUGGCAGAACUCCCAGAGUCUAUAGGUAACCUGAGCAGCCUAACCAACCUGAAUGUGGACCGCAACCGCCUCUCCGAGGUUCCGCCGCACAUAGGCCAGCUGAGUCGUCUGGGCGUUCUUUCCCUCCGCGAGAACCGGCUCAUUCAGCUUCCAGCAGAAACCGGGCAGCUGAGGCACCUCCAUGUGCUCGAUGUUUCUGGAAACAGGCUACAGUACCUGCCUCUUACGGUUACUGCCCUUAAUCUGAAGGCCCUUUGGUUAGCUGAAAACCAGUCUCAGCCAAUGCUGAAGUUCCAAACAGACCUUGAUGAGCGGACGGGUAACAAGGUGCUCACGUGUUUCCUUCUGCCGCAGCAAGAGUAUCAUACGGAGAGCAUGGAGAACCUGCUGCGGGACAGCAUAGAACAGGACAGCCGGCUCAGCUGGGACCAAAAGACUGAGAGUCGCAUGUCUGCGGUUAAAUUUGUCGACGAACCACCUUCUGAGGAUAAAGCAGAUAAGGACAUUGAGACGCAGUUUGUUCGCCACGACACCCCCCACCCCCGAGAACUGAAGGCGAGGCAUCAGAAAUUCGUCCAGAAAGCCAAGAACAUCGAUGGACAUGUAGUUUCGCACGUAGAUGAGGAUGGAGGAGUUGGAAGCUUCCGACCUCAGAGGUACAGCACCGGCUCUGUGCAGUCAACAUCAUCAGCGGAGACUGCACCAUACACGUCCAGAGGGGAAGACCAUAGCAGGAGUAGAAGCACAGCCAGCGAGACAGACGGGCUGGUCCCAGUGGCACGGCAGGAGGUAGAUGCUGCCGAGGGUGUCGCGGCAGGCAGAGGAGAAACAUCCUCGGAGGAGGAAUCGAGCGAUGAGGAAAAGCCUCCAAGGGUGAUGACCACGUCCCACGAUUACCUCCAAUCGCCAGGAAGCAGUGACGGGGACCGACAUGUGGGCUUUACACCCGACAUUGAGGAGCCCCAGAGCGAUAAGCACAACAGGUUACAUCGGAGGGACACUCCGCACCACCUCAAGAAUAAGAGGGUGAACGUUGUGCCUUGCAAGGAAGAUCAGGAGAAGGUGGCAUCUAUUCUGGCACAGGCUCUGCACAAUCCUGCAGAUGAAGAGGAACCUUUGCCUCCCCCUCCUCCAUCACCCCCACUUUCGGCUCCCGCUACCAGCGGAGCCGUCACCAAUCACUUCUCGGACUCGGUCAGUGAGCGCACCACGACACCUUCAAGUGUAGUCUCUGUUCCAGCUGAAGUCGUUGAGGAACGGAUAAAGAUCUACAUCGAGAGGAACUCCAUGGGGCUCGGCCUGAGUGUGGCAGGAGGGAAGAAUUCUACACCUUUCAGGGGCGACGAUGAAGUAUGGCCUUCUUGCAUCUCUAGCCUGCAUCACCGUAGCAACACUGGUAUAUUUAUCUCUAAAGUAUCUGAGGGCGGCCCAGCCGAGGCAGCCGGGCUGAGAGUCGGAGACAAGAUAUUAGCUGUAAAUAACAGGUCAGUUGAAGAUGUGGACCAUUAUGAUGCUGUAAAUAUCCUAAAGGCAGCUGGCAGCCAGAUCACGAUGCUUAUUGCGCGGGAAGUACAAAGGCCACCAUCGUCACUAAAGCAUGUCCCCGGACCUCCAUCUCAAGCACCAACAAAAGCCCCACUUCGCCAAGUAGUUUCUGAACCCUUAGACAGCCGGGCGAGUGUCGUGAGCCGAACGCAAGUGGAAGAGCCCGUCACCCCUCCCCUGGUUAAGGAGGUCGCGGAUCACGUUGCUCAGGCGAGUCAACCGACAGUGUCCAAACUCGCCGUGCCCGCUCACUCCGCGGACCACGACCGUUCCAUUCCUGCCACGCCGGAACCUCGUACUCCAGAGCCCGACUUUGAGACUAAGAGAGAGAUAAUUUAUACGACUCUGAUUCGGGACCACAAUGGACUGGGAUUCAGCAUUGCGGGGGGCAUCGGGGGAACGCCGUACAAAGAUGGCAGUCAGGGUAUCUACAUCUCGCGCAUAGCCGAGGGAGGAGCUGCCACUCGUGACGGCAAGCUCCACGUUGGUGACCGCGUUCUCUCCAUCAACGGCAUCGACAUGGAUGGUGUGCGGCACGACCAGGCCGUCACCCUGCUCACAGGGCUCGAUCGUUUCAUGCGACUGGUAGUCCAACGUGAGCAGCUCGUUCUCCGCGAUCCUAACGCUCCCAAAGCGGCCAUGUCUCCACUCAAGACUUCAUCUAAUCCGUACGGAAGCCUCUAUUCGUCGUCGUCUUACAUGGCCAACCGGCCGUCGUACCUCGGGAGCUAUCGAAGACUGGGACUGGGGACGCCGACCACUACGGCUGACACCACCGCAACAAGCACCACUGCCCCGUCGUAUUCUAUCUACACCAAGCUGCCUGGCCUUCGUAACGAUGCCACGGUGAUGACGGCCACCUCGGCACCGCCUCCUUUGCAGCACCAGCCCUACUCAUUUCCGAGCACAAGAAGGGAUCCCUACAUACCAUCAGCAGCAACGACGAAAGAUGUGCCUGUAGAACCAAUUUAUGCAAACAGUGGCGUGGGGAAUGCUGCCGGAAGCAGUCUGAGGACAUUGACGACGUUUCGGCCGUUGGAGCGUACGCAGGAUGUCUCCAGCCAGCCCGUAAGCAAUGGGCACCUACCAGAGGACGAACCAGCUGGUUUGAAUGCAGAGUCCAGUUCUCAGUCCAAGGGUCCCGUGGUCACGGUCUUGGUGCAGCAACCCAAUCCCCCUGCUCCUCUCAGUCUGGAGUUUCCAGCUCCCCCCAAAACCUUGGGACGAACAACAGAGGUGAUCACAAGGACCACCAUGACAGAAACUACGACCACAAGGGUCACCAACAACGUCCUUGCCUUGCCACCCGGCAUGGAGGAGGACGUCACAUUGGUGAAAGCUGGUGGACCCCUCGGACUAAGCAUCAUCGGAGGGACAGAUCAUCCAUGCCAUCCGUUUGGAGCUGGCGAGCCUGGAAUCUUCAUUUCAAAGAUCGUUCCAGAGGGAGCUGCAUCGAAGUGUGCGAGGUUACGAGUUGGAGACAGACUACUCAAGGUGAACGGCGUGGACGUGACAGGGUGUUCCCACCAGGAGGCCGUCAUGGCAUUGCUGGACCCGUCAUUUCAGGUGGUGCUGUCCGUACGUCACGACCCCCUGCCUCCUGGUUGGAAGGACAUCGUCAUCAUUCGAGAGCCUGGAGAAAAGCUGGGCAUGAACAUCAAGGGCGGAGUUCAGGGUCGCUCGGGGAAUCCCAACGAUUCGACGGACGAAAGCAUUUUUAUAUCUAAAAUCAACCCAAAUGGUGCUGCUAUCAGAGAUGGCCGACUGAAGCCGGGGAUGAGGAUCAUUGAGGUGAACGGCACAUCUCUACUGGGUGCUACGCAUCAGGAAGCGGUGAACAUCUUGCGCACAGCAGGCGACGCGAUUCGUAUGGUGGUCUGCGACGGAUAUUCACCACCCUCACCCACGGAUACAAUGAGGUCGACGGACACCCUCAGGUCGGCUGCGUCCGUAUCUUCUAUUGACCACGAAGAUGAAGUCACCCAGGCCGUACGCGAGGAACAGAACACACUGAAAGAAACGGCACAGUGGGAGAAAGAAGACCGUGAUCUCGUGGAACGGCUGAGGAAGGAACGUGACUUAGAGGGCUACGCUGUCGUGGGUCCUACGCAGUCUCACGGAAAGAUGGUGGCUACUAUUCCUGGUGAGAGUUGCAAGGUGAUAGCCUCUCUGGACGGCAAGUCCGUCGAGCAGAAGGUGAUGGAAGUUGUACGGGCCGCGGAACAGCUGGUGUCUCCCGUACUGUCGGCGGCCGCCGUGGUGCCUCCAGUGCCCAAUGAACAGAAGACAACCACUGUCAUCAUGACGAAGAAAUCUGUCACCAGUCAGCAGCAACCCUCCUCUGCAGCUGCAACGUUGGCUGAGGAAAGUCCCUCUCCCGUCUUCCCCCCAUGGGGUGACUUGCCCCUCCCUAACCCCCCUGCCUCCUACCCGACGGUGGGUAAUGGGGAACUGGUGGACGCUGGACACCCUGCGGACGAGUUUGUCUCUGUCCCGGACCCUAUCAAAGCCUCAAAACUCUCUGCUGCUAAGCCUGUCCCUCCUCCCAAACCCAAAAAGAUUCCCCCCCUUGUGCAAGCUCAACCCAAGGUCCAAGGGCAAUCGGCAGCUGCAGAACCCGAGCACCUUACUUUCACGGAGAAGAAGCACCGCUUUGAGAGCAUUCACCAGACACUGACCGCUCCAAUGAACUCGAGCGAAGUGAAGCAGUUCAGCUUCCUUUCAGAGUAUGAGAUACAAAAGAUGAAAGAGGAAGAGGACAGGAAAGUUUCAUCAACAAAACUCAAGGAAGCGCAUUCUGACGAUGAAAUUGACGAAGAAUCCGAAGAAGAAGACAGCGGCGAAGACGAUGUCGACCUCCAGCGCAUCUCUGGGGUCAAGACAGAAGAACGAGGAAGCAGUACGAGCCCCACAUUUGAGGUGCAGAGCGGAGACUACCUGGCUCCCCUGGUGCGAACACCCAGAACGGAGGGUCGCGUUCGACAGCAGAGGGACGCUGCAUCCUCCCCCAUACUUUCCCUAAUCUCCGAAGCAAAUGGUGGGCUGUCCUCGGUGCUCACACCCACCCAGCAGAGGAUGCUCGAAGCAGAUAAGAGGGCAGCCUGGAGGAAAGCCAGGAUGAAGUCCCUGGACGACGACACUGUUAAGGCUGAGGUCGUACUGACAAAGACAGGCGAAGUUGGUGUCGAGGCUAGGCCCCUGUCCCCAGUGUUUAAAGCAGUUGACAUCAAUAUCGAGCAACCAGAAGAUACGCAAGGGGACACUCCUACGGAUGAGAACAGCAACACAUUGGGACAGACAGAAAGCCCGAUCGAAAUGCAGAAGGAUGCAACGUGUCACAUGAUAGAAACCACUACAGAGAAAAUAUUGUCGCUGGAGCUGCAAGGAGGACAAGGUGAUGCCAUUGAUAAUGGAGAAGCAACACGAGAAGAGGAAGAGGAUGUAGUCUCUCCAACAACAGAACAGCCACCCGGUAGUCUGCUUGGUAAAAAGAAGAAACGAAAACGCUCCAAACGCAGAUAGUCCCAUGUGUACACCACGUUCAUGCAUAGCCACUCAUCUUCACCCAUUUCAUCGCAUGUAAUAAUCCAUCCUCAUAUCAUGUGUGUGUACCCCUGUGGUACCUUGAAGACAAGCUUUCCCAUCUUGAGCCGAAAAAGAUGUAUUUUUAUAACUGUUAUUCCCAUCACAUUGUACGCAUUUUUAAGACUGACCUUACCCGCUGCUUCCCUGUGGUGUUUGCAUCGCCUUUAAUAGUGCCUUCAGAGAUAGUAGGCCCUCAUUGGACAUGGCACAAUUUUGGACACGAAAGUGAUGCAGAAUGUUGUGCCACAAAAUUUUGCCUUGACCAAUGGAGUUGUAUUUGCACCCUGCUUACAAAAGACAGCCGUUAUAGUGAGCAUGUUUUCUCAAAUCCAUCUGAUGCCUUAACGUUCUUGUUUUUGAACAAUCAUUGCUCAGAAUAUGCCACCAGCAAUGCCUUUUUUCAAUUUCGUGUUCCAAUUUGAAUGUUGUUUUCAUAAGAGAGAUCAAUUUGUAGGCAUUGUAUGUAGUCAUCCUAAUCCAAUAGAAACUGCUAAACAUGUAUGCAGAGUGCUGAGUUAAUAUGCUAUAACUUUAGCAGUGCAUGAGCAUUUUUAUUAAUAACAUGGUUGGCUGUGUCAAAGCUCUCCCACCGAAAAAACUUGUUAAUGCGUGCAUUUUGCUCUCCCCAGCAGGUUCACAUGUCAUUGUCUGAGUCACUUGUGUCAUUUGGUGUAAUGUUUUGGUGUAAGUUUUGCUCUGUUUUUAAUCUGCUGAAUUUGCCUGGCAUAACUAAACAAUCAUUCUUCAUUUUAGGAGUAAAUUAACUACAUUUUGUAGGGCCUGACAGAUGAUUACAAACACUACAUCAGAAAUACGAAACUGUCUGUAAAUAUUAGUGCCGCAAUUAGUACAGCUUGGGACAAAAGUUCACGGAACACGGGGUUGUCACAUUUCUUCAUUGGAGCUACACCCUAGCACCAAACAAGAGCGGACACACAUACUGAGAGAUGGAUAGAAUAGCCUGUCACCCGUUUCAUAUUCGAUCUUUUCCUGAAAGCCAGCAGGGGCCCGCUCCGAUGAAGAAAUGUGCCAGUGCCAUGUUCCGUAAACUUUCCGUAAAACCUCAUAUUCCUCCCGUAAAUUAUUGAGCAUAGCAUCUGUGUGCAAAUAAGUUGUUAUUUUGUGCAGUGCCCUCUGUAUAAUCUCUCUGCACACAUACAUUGUGCAGAAAAUUAUGGUGUGUGACCACUGUUUAUAUUCUGAAAAAUUGUUUUAGUUUCCAGUACUUUACGCUGGUGAGGAUCCACUUUUUAUUUUUAAGAUCGCUGUUCGCUUAUAGCAUUGAUUUGCACAUAUUUCUGACGUUGUACCCGAAAAAGAAUUGUGCAGUAAUGGUUUGGGCUUCCUCAUGAGGCUGCUGAAUCAGGUGGAGGGAGUUUGUUGAGCUCUGUUUAAAAUAUCUAUUUAGAUAUCAUCAUUGUACACAGUACAGGCUAAAGUUAUCACGCAGUGGGAAUGGAAAUUUUACUUUUAUUUUAUGCUUUCUGCCAUCCUUUUGAGACUGUUUUAUGCUGCAGUUCACACUUUCCAUCCAAAUGAAGGUAUGCUGAUGAGAUGUUUCUGAUUGCUUCUGUACAUAAAAUGUUCUAGCAUAUUUCUUGCUGUUCAGUUUGUAUAGUGCUGAGCCCAAUAAUAAAAGACUAUGUGAAAUA